AUGAAGCGCAACAAAGUACCCAAGCAGACCCGCGUCUUCCGCGCACUGACCAUCUUCUCCAGCGGCAUGGGCGCGGCAAUGCUGGCGCUUUGGGCGCUGGACAUGGCCGGCAUGACGCUGAGCAGCUAUCGCGAAGCGGCAACCUUCGGGGCCAUCGUUCUGGGCCUGGCGUCGCUCGCGGGCGCGGGCACGGCACACGCCUAUUUCGCCGGCGGCGACGAUGCGAGCCAGACCUACGAGGCCUUGCUGAGCGUCGAUUCGGUGACCGGCCUUUUGUCACGCAGCGGCCUGGCGGAAAGCCUCGACGGCUAUGUCUCGAAAGGCGGCGGCCCCAGCCGGAUGAACCGCUUCUUCCUGAUCAGCCUCGACUUCGAUUCCCUGCGCGAUUUCAACGAAACCUAUGGUCUGGAAACUGGCGACUCGCUUUUGCGCGUGUUCGGCGACCGGCUGCAGCGCGUUGUCGGCGAUACCGGCCUUGCCGCACGCACAAGCGGCGGCGAGUUCGUGAUCGUCCUGGCCGCCAAUCAUGACGACCGGGAGCUGCGCGCGGCGACCGAAGCGCUACUCGGGAUCCUGUCGCUGCCGGUACGUGUCGGCAAUGCGUCACAUUCGGUCUUCUGGAACGCGGGCGUCGCCGAGAUUCACAAGAACAACCCGCCGAUGGAACGCAUCCUGCGCCAUGCCAAUCUGGCGCGCACGACAUCGCGCGCCACCGGCCGCGGCACAUGGUCGAUCUACCAUCCCGAGAUGAGCCAGGUCGCCGCCUACCGCCACUGGAUCGAAGCGGAAUUGGGCGGAGCCCUGCAACGGGACGAGCUGAUGCUGCACUACCAGCCCAAGGUCCACGCCGUUACCGGCGAAACGGUUGGCUAUGAAGCCCUGUUGCGAUGGAACCACCAUCAGAACGGCUCGAUCCCGCCAUCGGAGUUCAUCCCGAUCGCCGAACAGUGCGGGCUGAUCCAGCAGAUCGGCGACUUCGUCCUGCGCCGCGUGUGCGAAGACCUCGAGCAGCUGCCCGACAACAUCUCCGUGUCGGCCAACGUUUCGCCGGCGCAGUUCAACCGGGACGAUUUCGUGGCCAAUCUCGGCCGAUUGAUCAACGGCACCGAAAUCCGGCCCGACCGGCUGGAGAUCGAAGUCACCGAAACGCUUCUGAUCCGCAACCACAGCGAGGUCAGACGGCUGCUCGCCCAGCUGCGCGAGCUCGGCAUCCUGCUGGCGAUCGACGAUUUCGGGACCGGCUAUUCAAACCUUUCGACACUGAACGAGCUGCGCUUCAACACGCUGAAGAUCGACAAAUCCUUUGUCGACCGUCUCACCGACAAGGACCCCGCCGCCAGCACCAUGGUUGCAUCGAUCGUCGGCAUGGCGCGGUCCAUGGGAGCAUCCGUGGUUGCCGAAGGUGUGGAAACCCAGGACCAGGCGACACUCUUGCGCGCGGCCGGAUGCACGAUCAUGCAGGGCUAUCUGUUCGGCAAGCCGCAGCCGCUGUCGGCCAUCAAGCAUCAUCACCGCGACAGCGAAGCGGGGCCGGCCGGCGCGCUGCCUGCGGUGCCUCAGCCCGAGUUUCUCGCGGCAGCAUCCUGA